AAAAAAAAAAAAAAUCCAUUUCAUCCUACACAUCCUUCCAUCCUAUCCUUCUCCAAAGAAAUUAGCCACACACCAGUAGUCAUAAUGGCCGAUAUCGAGAACAAGACCGCCACUAUUGAGGAGAUUGAUUCUGACUCUGAGCAGCAGACCUCUUCCUCCUCCCGCGUCCAGUCUCGUGGAGAGAUCAAGGCUCGCAAGGCCCUCAGCAAGCUUGGACUCGUCAAGGUCAAGGGCGUCAACCGUGUCACGGUCCGUCGUUCUGGUCAGCCCAUCUUGGCCAUUUCUGGUCCCGAUGUCUACAGGUCCUUGAACUCGGACACCUACGUUGUCUUUGGUGAGGGCCAGAACGAGGAUCUUAGCAGUUUGCAGUCCCAGCUCCAGGCUGCCCAGGAUGUCCUCAAGGAUUCUGGUGAUGCUCCUGAAGCCGCUGCCGCUGCCGAUGCCGAUGCCGAUGAUGCCGAUGAUGACGAUGAGGAGGUCGAUGAGGAGGGCCUCACUAAGGAGGAUAUCGAGCUCGUCAUGGCUCAGGGCAACGUCAAGCGCUCCAAGGCCGUCAAGGCCCUCAAGGCUCACAAUGGCGACAUUGUCAACGCUAUCAUGGAGCUUACAAUGUAAAAAGUCUUUUCUCACACCCUCCUCCCCACCACAAUUUUGGAAGACUAAAAGUUUGUCAUUAUUUCUUUCUAUAAAAACAUUGAAAAAAAAACCCCCUCUCUCUCCUUUAUCCAUAACGCCUUUGUCAAGUACGGAAGAAAGUUUCAAGAAAUGUGUGAAUGAAAAAAUAUAUAUAUAUUAUAUAUAUCUUAUAUAAAUAUAUUUAACAAAAAAAAGCG